GUUCAUUCAUAACCAUUUGGCUAUACAUGCAUUUGUAACACUAAAAUACAUUGUUCGGACAGCAUCCGUGUUUAAUGGCGGGUCUAAAGUGGCGAUAGUAGGGCAGUUCACGAAGUGGGACUGAGAAGCACUUCCCAUUCCCGUUUUUCUGUCAACCUAAGUAGCAGAUCACUAAUUUAAAUUCCUUUCUGAUUAGUAAGAACAAUUGGCAUCUUUCUACUGGGUGCUCAACCGUUUAAUUGAAGAGGAGCAUGGUAACCGUUGAGCUUUCACAUCGCAAUCAAGAUCAAAGGUUUUUGUCUGGGCUCUUACAACAGUAUUCAAAGUGCUCAGUGGUUUGGCCAAAGUUUUCUAGGUUGCAUCCAAGUAUACCAAAAGCCACAGUCAUUUCUUUAUCUCCAGGUUAUGAUAUAAAAUAAUUCAUUUCAUGCUGUAUAUUCUGUUGCAUAUCUGGGCUGUGAUUCCUUGAGAAUCAGUGCUUUGGAUGGCGCCAACUAAAUUUCCUAUGUGGAAGAGGGACAAAGGGUUUAUGCCAUGCAUUGUGCGUGUAUUUCUAUUUGCAGCUGUAUGUGCGUUACUAUUGCUUGUUUGGGUGGCUGUAAAGCCCCUUUCACUUUGCAAUAAUGGGAAAGAAUCCUUGCAUGGUGUGCAUAUAAUGGAAGAACCUAUUACCGAUGGUAAAGCCACAGGAAAUAUUGAAAAGUUCAAUUGUAUAAGAUGCCCACAAGCUGCUCCUGUAGUUGCGAACAAGGUUGAGGGUGUUCAGCAUCCUUUUUUUAUCUCACUUGCUGACCUGGGUUCACCAGAAAAGCCAAAUAGGAAUUUCCUCAGGAUGCUUAAGGGAAAGCCUUUUCGUAAGCCAGACAUAUCUCAUACCAUUCAGGAAGUGCUUGGAAAUCUAGAGACAAGUGGAUUUGAUUCAAGAAAAGGAAUUGUUGUUGAUGUUGGUGCAAAUGUGGGAAUGGCAGCAUUUGCAGCUACAGCAAUGGGUUACAAGGUAGUGGCUUUUGAGGCUGUCUUUGAGAACUUGCAGCGUCUUUGUGAUGGAAUGUACCUGAAUCGAGCAGGUGAUAUGGUGACUUUCUACCAUGCAGCUGUGUCAGAUGUGCCAGGCAACCUAACUAUGCAUAAGGUGGUCGGACGACUUGACAACAGUGCAGUUUCUGCAACUGGUGCAAAGUUGGCAUUCAAGUCCAAUGAACUCAUACCAGUUAGUGUAAGAUCCAUAACCCUAGAUACAGUGAUUCAUCAGUCUGAGCUAGUAAUUCUACUCAAGAUUGAUGUGCAAGGUUGGGAAUACCAUGUUCUGAAAGGUGCAACCUCCUUAUUGUCAAGAAAGCCUGGUGAUGCUCCCUACAUUAUAUAUGAAGAUGAUGAGAGACUGCUGCAUGAGAGCAACACAAGCAGUAACGACAUCAAAGAAUUUUUAGCCAGCAUGGGUUAUAAUUCUUGUACAAAACAGGGUACAGAUACACAUUGUAAAAAGAAAAUAAGCUAGAUACUUAAUACAGCUAAGGCUCUUCGUCUUCUUGAUGUGCUAUGUUACAUCUUUUUCCAAGAGUUGGGUCUACUUCUGCAUCCACUCAAUUAAUUUCCAUACUCAUUUUUAUUGGUGGUGUUGGGAUGUAUUCAUACAUCUCAAUUUUUUCACUCUAUCGGUUUGAAUAUAAUAUCCUUCAUCUGCAGUAGGGUGUUAUGAAUGUAUUCAUUAUCGUCAUAGAAAGAGAAGGUAUGCAUCAAAUCUUGCUAGAGUUCUCCCUAGUCCUCCUUUCUUGGUUGAUGUACGAGGUUUGUACCAUUGGCAUUAAGGUCCAAUAGGACAACUGUAUGUAUAACCUAUUAUCAUACUCUCUUUUUCCUUUCUAUACUAUUAUGCAUAUCUUUAAGUGGUGCUCGGGUUGGACUGA